AAGAAAUCAAGAUACACUGUAAAAUUAGUCCAAAGUCCAAAGCGCCGAACCGUCGUAACAGAAGACUCGCACUAGAGUUGAGAAUCUCCCAUUCCCUCCCUCAACUUCCCGCGUCCUGCCUUCGUUUCCUCGCAAUUGCCUCCGACCGCUGCCGGUGACCGCGCCCGAGACACAUGACGCGCCGCCGCCAUGGGUUGCCUGCUCGGUAAGCUCGCCACCGUCCCCGGGUCCUCCCUCUUCUUCCCCGCCGGUGCCGCCACCACGACCACCGCGGGAGGAGGCGAGGAGGUGCGGCUCAAGGCGCCGCAGCCGGAGCACAUCGCGGCCGUUAAGAAGGACGCGUCCGGGUGGCCGCUCUGGCUCUCCGAAGCCGCCGGCGACGCGCUCCGGGGCUGGGCGCCCCGCUGCGCCGACGCCUUCCACAAGCUCGAGAAGAUUGGUUCGGGCACAUACAGCAACGUGUACAAGGCAAUUGACGUGGAGAGCGGCCGCGUGGUGGCGCUGAAGAAGGUGAGGGUGGAUGGCGUCGGCGAGGCCGAGAGCGCCCGGUUCAUGGCGCGGGAGAUCGCCCUGAUCCGUCGCCUCGGUGACCACCCCAACGUCGUCCGCCUCGAAGGCCUCGUCACCUCCCGCCUCAACACCGCGCCGUCCCUCUACCUCGUCUUCGAGUACAUGGACCAUGACCUCACUGGCCUCGCCGCCUGCGCAUCUGCCUCCGGCGGUCGCUUGUCCUUGCCUCAGAAAAGGGAGGGCCCAGCCAGGAGAUGUUUUCCAGCUACACUGUUACUGACAAAUGCAUGGCUGAUUCAAUUGUGUGUGUAUUCAUGGUGUCUAAUUACUUGUCUGCAGGUGAAGUGCUACAUGAAACAGUUGCUUUCCGGGAUUGAACACUGUCAUAACAAUGGCGUUCUGCACCGUGACAUCAAGAGCUCGAACCUACUUGUCAGCAAUGAUGGAGUUCUUAAGAUAGCUGACUUUGGACUUGCCACCUCUUAUGAUCCUGACAACAUGCGGCCGAUGACGAGCCAAGUGAUCACGCUUUGGUAUCGUCCACCUGAGCUCUUAUUAGGUGCCACUCACUAUGGUGUCGGUGUUGAUCUUUGGAGCGUGGGUUGCAUAUUGGCAGAACUGCUUCUCGGCGAACCUAUAUUCCCCGGAAGAACAGAGGUGGAACAACUGCACAAGAUUUUCAAGUUGUGUGGUACUCCAUCAGAGUAUUACUGGAAGAAAAUGAAGUUCCCUCAGCCUACAUUCAAGCCGUAUGAACGGUGCAUAGCUGAAAAAUUUAAAGAUGUGCCACCAGCUACCCUAUCACUUCUCGAGACUCUCCUAUCAAUUGACCCAGAUAUGAGAGGCACCGCAACUGACGCUCUCAACAGUGAGUUCUUCAGGACAGAACCGUACGCCUGUGAACCAUCGAGCCUUCCGCGGUAUCCACCAUGCAAAGAAAGAGACGUGAAGUUGAAGUAUGAGAAGCAUAAAAGGAAGUCAAGGGUUAAUGGGUCAGUAGAACGUCAUACGACCCGAAAGCACACAUCACAAAAUCCUGGGCGCAGAGUAUUUACUCCAGAUGUCAAUAACAAGCCGCAAGGAAAUCCAAAGGUACCAAGACUGGUGACGAGCACGAGCACAACCAAACUUGAGAGAUUUCCUCCACCCCAUCUGGAUGCGUCGAUUGGUUAUAGUUUAGAUUCCUUGGCUGAUGGAACCACCCAAGAAUUCUUCACGUCAUCAGUUGUUGAGCUAAAGAAAAUGCCGAACCUUAUAUUUGGUCAUAUGAAAUCUUACCUGAAUAGCCCGAAGAAGGGGAUGCACAAGGCGAAGCCAGGCCUCAAUAUGGCACCUUCCACCAUUCUCAUCAGUGCAUUCCGACCUUACUCGCUUGGCCAUCCAAUGGAGGUGAGAAGAAAGAACAGGGAACAAUUCAGAGGCAAAGGAAAACCGGUAGUAGGUGCAGUCAAAUGACGAACUAAUCGUGUUCCUUUCUCCUCUUUUUUCUUUUUCCUUACAUCCUAGUAGCUGCUGAUUUUCCAUACGCAAUUGAUAGGUAAUACUUGUAUAGUUGGAGAAUAUAAUAAAGGAGAGUUGUGAAUAACAAGUUCAUGUAUAGUAGCUAGUUGACAAAAUCUCAUCACUAAAACA